GCAAGGCUUAGUUACUGUAAAUUGAGGCGCUCAAAUAAAUGGAGACGUCCAAAUUAAUACUUUAAACAGGAGAAACAAACUAGGUCUGAGAGCUCUUAUGGCUUCCCACUCUCACAUUGACGAUGAUGAUGAUUUUGGUGGCGAUUACCCUGGAAGUCAUAGUUCCAGACGCACAGGAAGUAAAAGGGGUUUUGGGGAUCUAGAUGACGAUGAUGAUGACUUCUUUGCAUCCAAGAAGGGGCAUGCUGAUGUACAAGAAAGUGUACCCGGGGUGACUACAGGAAUGAUAUUGUCCCUGCGUGAGAGCCUCCAAACUUGUAAGGAUUCCCUUGCAUCAUGUCAGGCAGAGCUUGAAGCAGCAAAGUCAGAGAUUCAGAAGUGGCAUUCUGCCUUUCAAAAUGAGCCAACUAUAACUCAUCCAGAACCUGCUCUUGUAGUAAACUAUUUGCAAAACCUGAGAUCUUCUGAGGAGACGUUGAAGGAACAGCUGGAAAAGGCAAGGAAAAAAGAAGCUGCAUUUAUUGUAACGUUUGCAAAGCGAGAGCAGGAAAUUGCAGAAUUGAAGUCUGCUGUUAGGGAUCUGAAGGCACAAUUGAAGCCACAAUCAAUGCAGACAAGGAGACUACUGCUGGAUCCUGCAAUACAUGAGGAAUUCACACGCUUAAAGAAUCUGGUAGAGGAGAAAGAGAAAAAAGUAAAGGAGUUGCAAGACAAUGUUGCUGCUGUAAAUUUUACACCACUAAGUAAAAUGGGAAAGAUGUUAAUGGCCAAAUGCAGGACUCUGCAAGAUGAAAACGAGGAUAUUGGGAAGAUGGCUUCAGAAGGAAAGAUCCACGAUCUGUCAAUGAAGCUUUCACUGCAAAAAUCCCAAAAUACAGAUCUCAGGCAUCAGCUCCAAGGAGUGUGCGAGUACAUGGAGGAGCUCAGUGAAAGUGUGGAAAAAUCAAAUGAAUUGGUUAGUGUGCUUCAGCAGACCUUGGAGGAGAAAGACUCUGAACUGAGAAGGCUGAGAGAGGAACUUGCUCAGAGAGCAGCAAGAGAAAAUGGAAAAGAUGACAGUGAUGAUAAGAAGAUAGCUGAAGAUGUGAACUCAGAAAAUACUGAGUGAGCCAAUUGUCCAAUAGUCUCUUGUUUUUUGUUCUCGAACUUUGUAACUCCGAAUGCCCUUUUUUAUUUUUAGGGAACUGCCUAAUUUUUUUUUUUUACGGUUAAAGCAUUUGAGGUCGAUUAUUUUGUGACGAGCUUCAUUUUUUUGGGCCGAAGUGUAACUCUAUUUACCGUAUGGAAUUUGUUCCAUUGUAUGUCACGUGGCAUUUUAGCUUUCUGUGCA